AAGACUUUUGAGGAUAAUACUUAAAUGAAGAUAGACCGGAUGUAUAAUAUGCUUUUUCUUAGCUUUCCUAUGACUCUACUUAGCAACUUUUGCUAAAAGAAACACAAUAUAUGACUACUUUGAAGACACAUACAUUGGACACUUAAAAUCCACAAAAGCAGAGAGAGCCAGAUUAUUUCCUACUGGGGCUACCCUGAUGAAGAAUAUGAUAUUGUAACCGAAGAUGGUUAUAUCCUUGGCCUUUAUAGAAUUCCUUAUGGGAGGACAGACAAUAAUAAAAAUCUAGCUCAGAGGGUUGUUGUAUACUUGCAACAUGGUUUGCUUAUAUCUGCCAGCAGCUGGAUUUCCAAUCUUCCCAACAAUAGUCUGGGCUUCAUUCUGGCAGAUGCUGGUUAUGAUGUGUGGAUGGGAAAUAGCAGAGGAAAUACCUGGUCCAGGAAACACUUGUACCUAGAAACGAAUUCCAAAGAAUUCUGGGCUUUCAGUUUUGACGAGAUGGCAAAAUAUGACUAUGACCUUCCAGCCUCUAUUGAUUUCAUUGUGAAGCAAACCAGACAAGAGGAAAUAUUUUAUGUAGGCCAUUCACAGGGUACUACUAUUGGUUUCAUAACAUUUUCUACUAUACCAAAGAUAGCUGAAAGAAUCAAAAUAUUUUUUGCUUUAGCACCAGUUUUUUCCACAAAGUACUUAAAAAGUCCUUUAAUUAGAAUGACAUAAAAAUGGAAGUCAAUAGUCAUGAGUCGUUUGGAUGUGUAUUUUUCACAAAACCCAGCAGGAACAUCUGUUCAAAAUAUGCUUCAUUGGAGUCAGCUUUUAAAUUCUACUCAUUUGAAAGCUUAUGACUGGGGCAGUCCUGAUCUGAACUUGGUUCAUUAUAAUCAGAUAUGGUCCAUCUACAUUGGAAGCCAUUCUAUACCUCUAAGUGUCCAAUGUGGCUCUUCAGCAAAUCCUGGCCAAUUAUAAAGCAAUCUAUAUCUCUUCUGACUAGUCUGAUUUGGUUGUUGGAGGUAUUGAAAUAAUUGCAAGUUCUAGGCAUUGAGGAUAUAAUGAUGAGUGAACAAAUUUCAGUCCUUGCACUUAAGGAAUGUGUGUGUGUCCAACUGAAGAGACUUGACUGCCUAUCAAGUAAUAAGUCCUACAAAAGAGAAUUUUGCUAGGUAUUUAAGCAUAACAAGCAAAAAAAGAAGGAUCCGGGCAAGAUGGCUGAAUAGGAACAGCUCCAGUCUUCAGCUCCCAGCGAGACCAAUGCAGAAGGCUCUGAAGAGAGCAGUGGAUCUCCCAGCACACCGCUCAAGCUCUGCUAAGGGACAGACUGGCUCCUCAAGUGGGUCCCUGACCCCCAUGCCUCCUGACAGAGAGACACCUCCCAGCAGGUGUCAACAGACACCUCAUGCAGGAGAGCUCCGGCUGGCAUCUGACGAUGCCCAGAUAGUAAGUCUUUUUGGUAAUGUAAUCAGUGGAUGAGGAAUCUGACCAUUGUUGAAGAUUUUGUAUAUAAGAAGUCAAUACAACAUUGACCAAAAUACUAACCAGCCAGAGAAACAGAAUCCUAACUAUUUCCGAGGAGACUGCAGGUCCAAAAUGUGGCUGCUUUUAACAAUGGCAAGUUUGAUAUCUGUACUGGGGACUACACAUGGUUUCUUUGGAAAAUUACAUCCUGGAAGCCCUGAAGUGACUAUGAACAUUAGUCAGAUGAUUACUUAUUGGGGAUAUCCAAAUGAAGAAUACGAAGUUGUGACUGAAGAUGGUUAUAUCCUUGAAGUCAACAGAAUUCCUUAUGGGAAGAAAAAUUCAGGGAAUACAGGCCAGAGACCUGUUGUGUUUUUGCAGCAUGGUUUGCUUGCAUCAGCCACAAACUGGAUUUCCAACCUGCCAAACAACAGCCUUGCCUUCAUUCUGGCAGACGCUGGUUAUGAUGUGUGGCUGGGCAACAGCAGAGGAAACACCUGGGCCAGAAGAAACUUGUACUAUUCACCAGAUUCAGUUGAAUUCUGGGCUUUCAGCUUUGAUGAAAUGGCUAAAUAUGACCUUCCAGCCACAAUCGACUUCAUUGUAAAGAAAACUGGACAGAAGCAGCUACACUAUGUUGGCCAUUCCCAGGGCACCACCAUUGGUUUUAUUGCCUUUUCCACCAAUCCCAGCCUGGCUAAAAGAAUCAAAACCUUCUAUGCUCUAGCUCCUGUUGCCACUGUGAAGUAUACAAAAAGCCUUAUAAACAAACUUAGAUUUGUUCCUCAAUCCCUCUUCAAGAUUAUAUUUGGUGACAAAAUAUUCUACCCACACAACUUCUUUGAUCAAUUUCUUGCUACUGAAGUGUGCUCCCGUGAGACACUGAAUCUCCUUUGCAGCAAUGCCUUAUUUAUAAUUUGUGGAUUUGACAGUAAGAACUUUAACACGAGUCGCUUGGAUGUGUAUCUAUCACAUAAUCCAGCAGGAACUUCUGUUCAAAACAUGUUCCAUUGGACCCAGGCUGUUAAGUCUGGGAAAUUCCAAGCUUAUGACUGGGGAAGCCCAGUUCAGAAUAAGAUGCACUAUAAUCAGUCCCAACCUCCCUACUACAAUGUGACAGCCAUGAAUGUACCAAUUGCAGUGUGGAACGGUGGCAAGGACCUGUUGGCUGACCCCCAAGACGUUGGCCUUUUGCUUCCAAAACUCCCCAAUGUUAUUUACCACAAGGAGAUUCCUUUCUACAAUCACUUGGACUUUAUCUGGGCAAUGGACGCCCCUCAAGAAGUUUACAAUGACAUUGUUUCUAUGAUAUCAGAAGAUAAAAAGUAGUCCUGGAUUUAAAGAAUUAUCCAUUUGUUUUUCCAAAAUACUUUAUUCUCUCAUACAUAGUAUUUUCAUAAUGUUUGACAUGCAGUGCUUCUUUCUGUAAUUUUGACUUUAGAAAUAUAUUGGCAUCAACAAA